AUGGUUCGCUUCAGUCUCGUCGCCCUCACCUGUGCCUUCGCGGCACUCGCCGCGGCCAAGAACGACCCUAAGAAGAAUAAUCACCAUGAUCUUACCCCCCCAUGGGUGGAGCAGGACGGCACUGCUGGCCACUGUUUCGACAGGAGCCUGAUAGAUGUUAUGCGGUCGUGGGAACCGGUAAGUGUCGGCCUGGUAGGGGCUUCGGGGUGCUUCAGCAAAAUCUGACUCCCCACGCACUGAGACAUACGGUAUUGCCAAGCCAAGGACGCCUUGGACGUGUCGGCGUUCCUCAAGUGUGCAUGCACCACCGAAAUACUCAACGGCAAUGAUACCCAUAUCGACGAGUAUUUUCAGCAGCUUGGUACUAGUGCUAGCUACCGUCAGUGGUCCUUGGUCACCCGCGAAGAGCCGCUGGACAGGGGCUCAUAUUCCAAUAACCUCUGGUUCCUUGUUCACAAAAGAUUGCCCGCACUUGAUGGAGGAUGUGAUCAACCUUGGAUGCACACACACGGGCUGCGACGCUAA